AUGGCAGACCUCUGGCCAACCCCUGAGAUGGGCACGGCAGAGCUGAUGCGCUUUGCCGCUGAGUGUACGCCUCCUACACUGGGCGGAGAGCAGGAGAGGCGGGAGACUGAUAACAAUGGGAGGCUGAGCACAUUAUCCAUGUCAAACGAUGGUGGUGACAGCAUUGCUUCCCAGCCAAAGAAGUCACAGACGAGUACACCUGCGCGCCAAUCCGCGUCUUAUGCCGGUACGAAUGUCCUUUCUAGGUGUGUCAGGCCACUCACUGUGGUCGUGACAGCAAUUGCCGAUACACUGCCGCCUCUCAUGCAUACUCCGAUCAACGACUGGUCGAGGGAGCUCGAUCGGUCGUUGCUGGCAGUCAAGGGCACCAAGGACGCCACGCAGAUGCAAACGAAGUCACUACGACCGGGCUUUGCUCCAGCACGAAUAUCUUUAUGCAGAUCUGCGAGCCAGAAGUCGGAUCGGUCACCGACCAGCAAGACCGCGGCGGCCGUCUCCAGCCCUGGGACUUGCAGUCUGACGAGAGCUGGAAUCAACCGUAAGCGAAUGUCACCUUUGCAAAUUGCUGAGAGGAGAAAUUACACUAGCCGCAUCCAUAGAUGCCCUGAUGAGGCUUGA